UCAAGUCAUCACAAGGAGACGACAUCUCACUGGGUGAGGUCGUCGCUCGCGCAAGAUGCGCUGCGGACGCAAAACGUAACAAUAUUAAAUUCUAAUAAGUGCCUUUUAAGUUUUAAUUUUCAUAGUGCUGUUAAGACUGUAAAUCUGUGCUCAAAUAUUAAGUUUAAGGUGUCUUUGUGGACUGAGACGCUGGUGAAAUUGGACUUUUUAUUGAAUUUCGGCGUGUACUGAUACCGCGAAAUUAUCCACGAUUGGGCGUCGUCGCGGUCGCAGUUCGCGGGCCAUGCAGGGAGCGGCCAGCGCGCCCGCGGCGCCAGCGGCCGAACCGCCCCCCUCACAACAAAUCAAAACAGAGGAGGUCAUCAGAGAGGCGAAGAUCGAGACGAACGAGAUGGAAGACAUGAGGGCGGAAAAACAGGAACCUAGAGUGACAAGGACAACAAGUAUCGACAGCGAUAACCGCUCAGACAGGAGCGAAGAGGACGACUCUAGGAGAGCGCGCAAAAGGGCUGCGUCAACAUCACCAUCCCCAAUGCCGCUCGACAAAAGAUUCGCACGAUUUGAAUGCCCGAAAUGCGGCCAACAUUUCGAAUCCGGCAACGCCUGCGAUCUCCACCGCUUCACCGUCCACGGAGACGAAACGCGCGGCUUCAACGAUCUCACUUUCGUAGAUUUCUCCAGCAAAAAGUUCCCCGAAAUAGCUCGAGGAGUCUGCGAGCGAAACCCUCACGUUUCCAUCACGGAACAGAGGUACAGAUGCGAGAUGUGUUCCAGAGACUUCCCAUGCAGGCAGGCCUUGGAUAUACACAGGAAAACCUGUGCUGAUCCCGUCAGUGUGCAGAGCCCUGAACGCAUCGAUCGUCGAGAAGACUUCUUUGCCAAACUCGACUUGAGAAAUCGAUACGGUAUUCCCGGCACUUUAACGCCUCCUAUGGAACGCUUCACGCCCAAAUUCGAAGAUUCUCACUACACGGGCAACGGCAUCCGUCACAUUGAUGCCGCUAGAGACUUGGCCGAUAUCCAGUCUAUCUUAAACGUAACCUCAACUGGAAGUCUCUUAGAAAGACUUACCGGUACUAGAGUGCCUUUGGAAAGUUCGGUCUUAACCCCUCCGGAUACUGUUGGCAAAGAGAGGGAACAAGAGGAGACGCAAGACAACUUCGCUGCUGAGUUCAGGCGAAUGAAACUCAGAGGUGAAUUCCCUUGUCGAUUAUGCCCAGCCAAGUUCCCUAACCUUCGAGCUUUGAAAGGCCAUAAUAGAGUUCAUCUGAGUGGAACCGGACCUGGGCCUUAUCAGUGCAACAUGUGCCCCCACGCGUCUCUAGACAAAGCAGCGUUGGUAAGACACAUGAGAACACACAACGGUGACCGUCCGUACGAAUGCGCCGUCUGCAACUACGCCUUCACUACCAAAGCUAACUGCGAACGGCAUCUGAGGAAUCGUCACGCCAAAGUCACUAGAGAAGACGUCAAGCGCUCAAUUAUCUACCAUCCUUCAGAGGAUCCUAACAAUGAUGAGGUCAACUCUAAGCUAGCUCGUGAUGAAGUAAAGAGAUCCCUAGCUUUUCAGUCACCGCCUGAGUCCGACAGGCGCCCUGAACCCACCGGACGCGACACCCCUCUGUCUCACUUCACGCCUAGCUUCAUCACCGAUAGACACCCCGUCGCUUCGUUAACCCCAAAACCUUUAGCAGACCUACCUAUCGUACCUAGAGACCCAGAGCCACCAGCGCCUAGAAUCAAAGUAAAAGGCAUCGGGCAGCUGAGGCAAAUACCCGAGUUCAGGCCGCCAGAGUUCCCCAUUAAAAACAACGAUGACGUUGACAACUAUGAUGAAGAGACGCCAGUGGAUCUCAGCACCAACGACAACUGUGACGUUCUUGAUCUUAGUAAAAAGAAGCGUGAUGUAGAAGAAGAUGUGGAACCUAAAACCAACUCUCGACCGGCGUUCGAACCUGAUCCCGCCGCCGUCGCCGCCUCCACUUUCGAGAAGACACAAUUCCUUCUAGCGCAACAAAGACUCUUCGAGACUUCCCUGCCCAAAAUUGACCCUUCCUACUACGCUACCCAGCUGUCGCAAUUGUACGCCUCCGUCCCAGGACUACCCGGUUUACCCGGCCUUCCGCCAUCCUUUCCUAUCAACCCCUACUUUCUUCAACCAUCGUUUUUUCCCCACCCAUCUGAUUCCCAAGAGCUGGCGGAAAUAAAGCAGCGUAUUCAGAAGGAAAUCAUCCGCGGCCUGAGCAUGUCUGGUGGUAGACUGGUGACCGGCGAGCAGGAACCCCAGCCUAAACAGGAGCCGGAAGAAGAGGAACCAACUCGAGACAGCUCUCCAGUCCCGCCUCCCCGCCCCGAAUCUCCGCCUCGGCCGUUAAACAAUUUGAUCCAGCAGAACGAUUCAGUUAAAAUGGUGAUCAAAAACGGCGUGUUAAUGCCUAAGCAGAAACAGCGGCGAUAUCGCACGGAAAGACCAUUCUCUUGCUCGCAAUGUUCAGCUCGCUUCACUCUCCGCUCGAACAUGGAGCGCCACGUGAAACAGCAGCACCCUCAGCACUGGAGCGUGCGGCGACCAGCGCCGCGAGCGCCUCCACCAUAUCCAUCAUCAGACUCUCUAGCCGAUAGAGUCAAGUUUGCGCUCCUAGCUCGACAUUUAGAGCGACCGAUCCAGCAGGAUCGCUCGCCAAUCCGUCGCGAUUCCGACGAAGUUGCCGAUAACGAGGAAGACGAAGAUGAUACCCUAGUUAUAGACGAAGAGCCAGAGCCUGAAGUUAAGACAGAAUUACGCGCCGCGCAUAUGGUCGCUGAAGAAAUCCUAAUGGCCUCGCGGCAGCAGGAGUUACAUAAGGACUUUGAUCUCAAGAUCGCUGGGAAUUUGAUCAACAAGCCGGUGCCUAUAGCAGAGAAGACUGAAGGCCAGGAUAUCCCGGUGCCUGUGGAGCCUCUGAUGGUGCCGGUGGUACCGACCAGGAGCGAUGAGGAAGAGGACGAAGAGGGCCUGGUCGCGUCGACGAGCGAGGGAAACAACUCCGGGAGUGAUGAAAACAAAUCCGACGCAGACAACGGCGCCCAACCCCCCAAAAAGAAAUCCGCCUACAGCCUGGCCCCGAACCGCGUCUCCUGCCCCUACUGUCACCGAAAAUUCCCCUGGUCAUCAUCCCUCCGUCGCCACGUCCUCACACACACAGGGCAGAAGCCAUUCAAAUGCCCUCACUGCCCUUUACUUUUCACUACUAAGUCUAAUUGCGACCGCCAUCUUUUGAGGAAACAUGGAGGCUCUGCGAGAGCUAUAUUAGCCGAGCCUAUACCUGAGACAGUAUCUCCGCCAAGCGAUGUUAGAACCGUUCCAGAAAGACCAUUCAAAUGCGCGUCAUGCCCUACAAGUACUUUCUCCUCUCUAGAAACUUUAAAGAAACACAUGUCUUCGCGACACGGCACUGGGGAAUCCCAGCCAGCGUCACCGAACCCUGAAGAUGAAACUACGAAUGGGGAGUUAGCGUUCAAGUGUCACUUAUGUGAGGGGUCGUUCGGUGAUCGGGGAGGGGCGCUGAGGCACCUGGCGGGCGCGCACGCGGCCGAGUACGAGCAGCUCGUGAGCAAGGGGGCGCUGGACGCGGCCAGCGAUCGGAGUGAGAGCGCUGAUGAUGAUGAGAAGGGGAAGCUCCCGGAUCAUGCUAAUAGAAAGGUGGUCUGCGCCUUCUGCGUGCGCCGCUUCUGGUCCGCCGAGGACCUACGCCGCCACAUGCGCACCCACUCCGGCGAGCGGCCCUUCGCCUGCGACCUCUGCAGGCGGCGGUUCACACUCAAACACAGCAUGCUGCGGCACAGGAAGAAGCAUAGAGACGAGACGGACGAUGAGGAGCCCACGCCGCCGGACACUCCGCAAACUGUUGGCAAUGGAUACAGCUACCACGAGGACGACGGUUCCGGCAACGAGAUCCCGAGCAACGUGAACAACAACAACUCCCCACCGUCACACUAUGACAACAAGCUCAAAAUUCAAAUGACUUCCCGAAAAUACUCGUCAGAAACUGAAAAUGACACAGAAAAUGGCGGCGAUCUCAUCGGAAAACUACUAGGGAUUCCCGACAAAACUAUCAUCAACAAACUGCUAUCGUCCCCGGACGAAGCGGCGAAGUUUCUCGGAGUAAACAAAUGAGAGUACGCUUUAGUCUUCGUGAUGCCCGCUACUCUCAUACUGGCCCCGCGAGGACUAAAACUGCCGCUCCAAAUUCAAACGUCAACGAACGUUACAACGCCAUCUAGCAACGAGUAGACGCACUAGCGCGUAUUUUAUUCACGUUAUAAAUUUUAUUGUGUGUUUCUAUAUCGCUAUUCGAUAACUAGGUGCCUUUAGCUGCCUUAAAUUAUAUUGAAAGUGUAAACCGUCCUAUUUCUGCCUUAAUUGUAAUUCUUAAAGUGGGUGUCGAGCAACGAUUUUUAUUUAGUGCCAGUUAUAAAAGUACAUAAUUGUAUUUUUAUCUGUAAUUAUAAUUAGAAUGUAGUUUUACUAGGAAUAGGGACUGAAUACUGUGUAGUAUGUUGAUAUUUAACUGUUAUAUCGAGCAGCACGUUUCUGUUACUGGGUUUCGAGCUAUGAACCAGAAUUUAUUGCAUUUCCAUCUAGUCGCAUAAUUUCCCACUUUGGUCUUAUUUUCACACUUUUUUUUCGAACGUAGUGAAGUCCAGCCAAAAACUUGAAGCAAAUCCAAAAUUUCUAGUCAUUUACCUAAACGUUAUUCUUAUCGAACCUAAGCUAUGAUACCAAAUUGCGAGUAAUAUUUAAAUUUCAUGUAAGUAAUAUAAGUCAGUUAUAUUAAAUAGACCUCAUAAUACCAACCAAUGAUAGACCUAGAUUUCGAAUUAAGAACGUAAGAGUUUCAUUGUAUUUUCAAUAUUUCAUCUUUUCUAUUUUCUUCCUGUUUCUUCAAAAAUCUUUUAAAUAGGUCUCAUCUCACCUAAGUAUACAUUAUUAAUUGUCGUAAGUACGUAUAUGAAUGACAUUUUAUUUGCUCAAAACCAGCAUUUCUUUACAGCGAAUUUUAGAUACUUCGUAGUUAUAAUUAUGGAUAAACAUAUU